CUUCAACACACACGGGUUGCCAAUAUCCAUGUUGGUGAUAAAUAAGUAAAGCGCACCAGCUAUUACUUCCUUAUUGACGUUUGUAAAGCAGAACAAAAACAAGACAAUUAACCCCGGACCUGACAUUUACAAACAUGAAGGAUGGUAAAGGUACAGUACCAAGCAAAGAAGAAGUCUGUGUGGACUAUUUGAACUACUAUGAAAGUGCCUGGCCCGGAGGUAAACAUCUAGUCUGCAAGGAGAGAAUCGUGACAGAAAAGGCGAAGCAGUUCCUGAGAUCCGAGUCCAACCCAGGAGAGAGGUUCACCGUUUUUGGUUUUUAUAAAAUUGCUGACGAGUGCGUCAAAGCGAGCAAUGGGGGGUGUCGGGAUGUGUUCAAAGGGCUGAUAAAAGCCACUGAAGUCCUAGAAUUGAUUUGUGUCAACCUGUUUCUGUUCCCUUGGAGAAGAGAGAUCAGAUCGCUUAAGACCUUUACCGGGCCCUUUGUGUACUUCAUUCAGCCUGUGCUGCCGCAAGACGUCAUCACCAAAGUCCUCGAGUGGAUAGGGUACAAGCCAGAAACGGAGACCGAAUACAGACUGAGCAAGGACAACGACUAUACAAGGGCCAAACAAAUCGGGUUCGAGCUGUUCCUGGCCAGGCAAGAAUGCGAGUGCAUGCUAGAAGCUAUGGCUCACAUGAAAGACUCUGAAUGCUUGGAAGUCCUUCAAAAAAGAUCUCCAGAGCUUGGUGGGUACACUGAGCGCUCUGAAAGUUUAAAAGACGGGUCACAGCAGAAGUUGGCCCUGCUUAUAGAAGAACAAGCACCAGUUGAAUCUGUUUUGCUUCCUAAAACUGCAUUAACACAAGGUGACGUGUCUUUUGAAACUGCGAAUGUUGUUAAGGAUUCAGAUAAAGUGCCACAGAACGCAGAGUUAACCUCACCUCUGCUUGUUUUAGACCAAGCCAAAACAGAUAGACCUACGGAGUUGAAAAGCACAGUUUCCACUUCUAUUAGUGAUAACAACUCCAUCACAGAUAUCUAUACUGCCUACCCUGAUCUUGCUAUUGGCCAGAAACCCAUCUUCAGAGAAGCUCAAAAGUUGAAGAUCUCUGCACAUGAGGGCUCAGAGAAUCCCAGAAAGCCUGACAUGGCCACAGAAGUAUCCCCAGCAGAGUUCAAUAGAAUUCACGAUCAGAGUGGGCCCCCACCCAUUACUAUCGUCUCUGAUUCUCAAUUUCAAUAUACUAACGAGAAAGAAGCAGGAGCAGACAGAGCUGCCAGCCCUACAUAUUUCAAAGACCCGAAAGGAUCAGGUUUGUUCCACACUUCUUAUAAAGAAGUUAAUGUCAAAGAGGUUUCUGAAAAGCAGUCAAACUUGGAUGAGUUCGCUUCAGUGCUUACCAACAUGAGGAUUAAGGAGCGUAAUGAGGAAGACCUGAAACAUCCCAUUGAAGAGACCUCCCAGCAUGAGAUGUGGUCCCGUGGCAGCAUGCAAAACAGUGCCUUCAGCGAACCUGCCUUCAUUAAUGUAAAGCAUCUUGGUUCACCCAAGAACCAGAUUCGACAGAUUGUUUGUAAUCCCUCCCCAGUUUUGAUAUGCCACGUGCCUGACUGCAGAAGCUGUGUGGAGUCAAACUCUAAUGGGAGGCAAACGUUCUCGAAUGCUGAUGGUCCUUCUCCAGUUUGCACUGCUAAGGCUCUGGGACACAUUACAGAACCACCUCAGUCUUUCUAUAUCCCACCCAAAAGCCUUGAAAACCAACACCCCAUCUCAGAGUCAGGUGACUGCAGUUCCAGCAACUUCUUUCAGUCUGAAUGCAACUACAGUGAGAACUGUCAUCCACCACCUGUUACCAGAGAGCCACAGCAACCAGACCAUGAUGACAGCUAUGUUUUCUUGUAAAAAAAUUUCAAAUGGUACACAACAGAAAUAAGCACCUUUUAGUAAGCAAUAUCUUUCUGACCAUAUAUUCAUGACAAAAUAUAUUUUACAUUUUUACCAAAGUCUAAUAACUGUGAAUGUUUAUUAACUGGCUAAUUUUCUGAAAAAGCAAUUCUGAACAUUUGGAAGAAUGCAAUAUUGGAAUGUAUUCCAAAUCAUACCAAUUUUGAACAUGGAGGCUUGUUCAAAUAUAUAAAUAUUUACACAUACAAGAAAACAUUGUAAUUUACAAAGAAUCAAAAGAACAU